CGAGAAAUGGAAAGAAGAUUGAAAGUAUACGUGUACGAGGAAGGUGAUGUACCACUUGUUCAUGACGGACCAUGUAAGAACAUCUACAUAAUUGAAGGAUGUACCACCAAGUAUCCCUUCUGGAAUCUCACUAAAGGGGCUGAUCACUUCAUGCUCAGUUGUCAUGAUUGGGGACCUUAUACCUCACGUGCAAAUUCAAACCUAUACAACAAAUCUAUAAGGGUUCUAUGCAAUGCAAACACCUCCGAGGGCUUUAACCCACAAAAAGAUGCAAGCUUACCUGAAAUCUACCUUUUGGAUGGCAACAUUUCUCCAAAACUUAUCUCUAGACGGCGAAGAAAAACUACUCAUCGACCAUACUUAGCUUUCUUCGCUGGUUGUCUCCAUGGUUCAAUAAGGCCUGUCCUCCUCGACCAAUGGAAAGGAUGAGACCCAGCCCACCAAGUCUAUGAAUACCUCCGAAAGGGCUUGGAUUAUUACACUAUUAUGCUUCAGUCUAAGUUCUGCCUUUGUCCAAGUGGCUAUGAAGUUGCUAGUCCAAGAAUAGUGGAGGCCAUUUAUGCAGAUUGUGUGCCAGUUAUACUGUCUAAGAACUAUGUUUUUCCUUUCAGUGAUGUUCUAAGAUGGGAAGCGUUUUCGAUACAGGUGGAUAUUGAAGAUAUUCCUAAGUUAAAAGAUUUAUCAGCUGUUUCUGAAGAGAAGUACAAAAAGCUUAUUGAAGGGAUCAAAGCUGUUAGACAACAUUUUAUUCUCAACAGGCCUGCAAAGAGGUUUGAUGUUUUUCAUAUGAUUUUGCAUUCUGUUUGGCUUAGAAGACUAAAUUUGCAACUUAGGUAAUAUUUUGAUAUGAUUUUAUUUAUCUGUCUUAUAAUUUCAUGUAGUAACAUGUAUUCAGCAGGAAAUACUAACUGGCUAGUUUUAUUCCAUUCAAAAAUCAUGUAAAAUUGCACUUUCUGUCCAUAUGUAGAGAAUUCUCUAAAAAGGAAAAUUGUGUUCUGUAUUCAGUCUAUUAAAAAUCUGCUAAAAACUAUGAUUUACUCUGCUCCAUAUAUGUUAAAUUCGGUUAUCAUAGUAGAUGAAGAGUGCUAAUAGAGUAUAUAACAUAGAGUAGCCUUGGAGCUUUAACCAAAAGCUUAAGCUGAUGGUUAAAGCCAUAUAUUUACUACACCCCCUCUCACGGAAGUUGUUUGGGUAAAAAGUUUAGAUUCAACACAUGCCAUCGCUAUACUUGUCACUCUAUAUUUCACUUGAAUCGAAGGUUAGAUGAUGUUCGAACCCGUGAUCUCUUGUCACGUUGGCCUUCGAAAUAUGUCAAGACAGUAACUUAGCCAAAAGGAUAAGUUGAUGCUUGAAGCUAUGGGAUAUAUUGUAUACUCUAUCAAAGAGAAACACAGACCGGGUUACAAGCAAUUCAGAUUUGGUGAACUAAAAUGUAUGUGACUUUAACAAUCAAGCUUUUAUUUAUUUGCAUAGAAAUGGAUGGAAAGUGGAAACUUAACC